AUUAUAUUAUGAUUAAUUGUCAAUUCUGUAGGAAAAAGAUUGAUGAAGAAAAAUUGAUGUUACAUGAAAUGUAUUGCGAAAGAAAUUGUAUCAAAUGUGAUAGAUGUGGUUAUAUGUAUGAUUAAAACGAUCCAGAAUCACAUGAAGAGGAAUUUCAUUAAUUAUAAUAAUGUCCUCAUUGUAAAGAAUAAUUUUAAGGUUUUAUAUAUUGUUAUAUAACUUUUAGAUCUAAAAAAACAUAAUUGUUAAGAAUUACCUAUUUUAUGUUAAUAUUGUAAAUUAGAAAUUCCAAUCAAAUCAUUUUCAUUACAUGAAAUUUAAUGUGGAAGUAGAACUGAAGUUUGUGAUUCAUGCAAACAAUAUAUUAAAAUGAGUGAAUAUCUAAUCCAUUAAUCAAUUUGUCAAUAAAAAAAAUUUGAUAAAUUAGGAAGAGGAGAGAAACUUGAUGAUUUCCCAUCAAUAUAAGAAGUAUAGAAACCUUCUAAACCAUAAACUUAUGAUGAGGUUAUUAAAAAUAAAUAAGAAUAAUAGAAAUAAGCCAAUAAUAAAAUUUAAACAUCAUAACCUGCUGAAUUUAAGCCUGGAUAUGGAAAAAUUGAAAAUCCUUAUGACUUUUAACCUAAAUUGUAAGAUAACAAUUUUGAUUAGAAGUAAGAAUUCUAAACUGGUUUACAUAAAGCAAAUAAGAAUUAUGUCAAUAAUUAAAUGUAAAAAUACACUUCAGAAUCAAUAAAUAGUAAAGAUUAAGAAAAAUAAUUUGAAGAUCCGAAAUAUAGUCAACAACCUAAAUUAAAUUAAGGAUUAAGAUCCACUUAAGAUGUUUAUGAUUAUAAAUAGAGAUAAAUUCAAUAAUAAUUAAAUCAAGAUGAAAAAUAAUAUUAAUAAAAUAAUAACAUUAUCAAUCAAGAUAAUAAAUUAACAUAGUCAAAUAAUUAAAAAUAAUAUUCAAGAUUUACUAUUCCUUAAACUUAAAACCCAUUUGAUCCAAGAGUUAAACCAAUUCCCAAUUAAAAUAACGACAUCAAACCAUUACCUUAUCCUACUCGAGAUUAAUAAAUAUCACAAAAAAAUUAAUACAAUUAAUACUAUAAUAAUGAAAUUAAAAAUCCUCCUAAAUAUUAAACAUAAGAAAGAAUUAGUUAAGACAAAUAUGAAAGACCUUUAAACAAUCAAGAAAAAUAUUACAAUGAAAAAAGAAUUUAUGAAUAAACAACUAAUAAUUAUUUUUAAAAUUAAGAUGAUAGAUUAAAAAAAUAUCCUGAUGAAUAAGAAGUAAAUCAACAGCAAAGAACUUAAAUAAGUUAAAGAAAUUAUAAAUCAACAUACACUACUUAAGAAUCUCAAAAAUAACCUUAUGUUUCCAAUCUAUCAAAUAAUUAGAGUAUAUAAUAAGACAAUAGAAAGUUGUCUUCUUAAAAAAGUGGAGAAAAUACUCAAUUCUAAUAUGUUAGAAAUCCAAAAGCACAUUAGUAACCAACUUAUUCACAAUAAUAACCAUCACAAAAAUUAUCAGAAUAACAAUAAAAAUUUUAGGAAAAUUAAAACAAUUCUUAUUUAGAUAAGUAAACUAAAUCUUAUGAUUAACAUAUAAAAAAAUAAGAUGAUUAUUAAUAAGUAUAAAGAUAGUAAAAUAAUGACUAAAUUAAACAAAAUUCCUAUUAAUAAAGAUAAUAUGAUUAUCAAAAUUAUUAAUAAAGUAAAUUAAAUAAUAAUAGAGAUAAUCAAACUAAUAAUCAUAAGCCAGAGAAUAAUCCUAAUUUUAACGAUAGUGUAAUUGCCAAAAACUUAUCUGAAUAAUUUUUAGCUGAAGAUUUGCAAAUGACUUAAGAAUAAAUGUAAGAAUAAAAAGAACUUUAUAAAAUGAUGGAGGAAAAAGCAAAAUAACAAAAAGAAAUGAUAAAUUCUUAAAAAUAGAAUUAAUAAUAAGCAACUCGAUUGCCAAAUGUAGAAUUACCUAAUGAAUUUGAUUUUAUGACAGAAGAGGAGAUGUUAAUAUAGUAAUAGUUAUUAGAAAAAUUUGAGUAAUAAAAAAAAAGAAAAUGA